AUGUUAAAUGCAAUCUACAAUGAGAAAAGAAGGCAGUUCAGCCUGGUAAAGAAUUCUCCUUAUGAGAUGGUGGAGAAGGUAGCUUCAGACAUCGAGAAGCUACUGGCCAAGAAACGCAAAGCACUUGAUAGGCUGGCCAGUGAAGCAGAACGUGUCCAGCGAGACCAUCCAUGGCACGACAGCGUCAAGGAAUGGAACAUGACGUAUUACGAUUCCAAGGCAGAGCUAGACUAUUACUCCCUGCAAGAUGGUGAUGGGGAAACAGUGAGCCCUCCACUACAGGUGGAGUUUGUGUAUGACCCUAACUUCAAAAAUAAGGUCAACUACUCCUUCACAGCCGUUCAGAUCCCCACAGACAUCUACAAAGGAGCCCCAGUGAUUCUAAAUGAGCUGAACUGGACACAGGCGCUGGAGAAGGUGUUUAUGGAGAACAGUCAAGAGGAUCCUUCACUACUCUGGCAGGCAUUUGGUAGCGCCACUGGGGUCACCCGCUACUACCCAGCCACACCAUGGAGGGCCCCUGAUAAGAUCGACCUUUAUGAUGUGAGGAGAAGGCCAUGGUACAUCCAAGGGGCCUCAUCCCCCAAAGACAUGAUCAUACUCGUUGAUGUGAGUGGCAGUGUGAGCGGCCUCACUUUGAAGCUGAUCAAGUCAUCAGUGAUGGAGAUGCUGGACACUCUGUCUGAUGACGACUAUGUCAACGUGGCCAGGUUUAAUGAAAAGGCAGAGGCAGUGGUCCCUUGCUUCAAACACCUGGUCCAGGCCAACGUUCGCAACAAGAAGAUCUUCAAAGAGGCUGUAAAGCUCAUGCAAGCUAAAGGCACCACAGACUACAAGUCUGGUUUCCACUUUGCCUUCAAUCAGCUACUAAACAAGACCAAUGUCCCGCGAGCUCACUGCAAUAAAAUAAUCAUGCUGUUCACUGAUGGAGGAGAGGAUCGAGCUCAGGACAUCUUUGAGCAGUACAACUGGCCCAACAAAACGGUGCGGGUCUUUACAUUCUCUGUGGGGCAGCACAACUAUGAUGUCACACCCUUGCAAUGGAUAGCGUGUGCCAAUAAAGGUUUCUAUUUUGAGAUCCGCUCCAUCUGUGCCAUAAGGAUUAACACCCAGGAGUACCUGGAUGUGCUGGGCCGCCCCAUGGUCCUGGCAGGCAGCCGUGCCAAGCAGGUUCAGUGGACCAAUGUCUAUCAGGAUGCCUUGGGUCUGGGACUGGUUUUUACUGGAACCAUGCCUGUUUUUAAUCUCACCGUGGAUGGAAACUCACAGAAUCAGCUCAUAUUAGGUGUCAUGGGGGUGGACGUGCAUCUGGACGAAAUCAAAAAGCUGACACCACGAUACAACCUUGGAGCCAAUGGGUACAUAUACGCCAUCGACCCAAAUGGAUACCUUCUCCUGCAUCCAAACCUUCACCCAAAGCUGCUCGACCUACCAGAGCCUGUAACACUUGACUUCCUGGAUGCUGAGGUGGAGGACAGCUCCAAACAGGAAAUCCGCAAACAUAUGAUUGAUGGCAGGCCGGGUGACAUGCAGAUUAAGACGCUUGUAAAAUCAAUUGAUGAGCGAUACAUAGAUGAGGGAGUUCGGAGUUACACCUGGACACCCAUCAAUGGUACAGACUACAGUCUGGGCCUGGUACUGCCGCCCUACAGUGAAUACUACAUCCAGGCAGACCUGAGUGAUGUGAUGCUGCAGCUCCAGUAUCUGCAAUCUUUGCUGCCCAGCUCCUUUGAAUCAGGGGGACACGUGUUCCUGGCUCCCAGGGAAUACUGCAAGCGUCUGCACAUCUCUGACAACAACACACAGUUCCUGGAGAACUUCCUGUCUCUCAUGGUGGAGAUCACACCAGAAUCUGAAGACUGUGAUCAAGGCCUCAUUCACAACCUGAUCUUGGAUUCUGGAAUCAUCUGGCAGUUAGCAUCUAGAGUGUGGAAGAACAAGGAUAUCCAAACGUAUGGUUUCCUGGCAUUAUUUGCAGCCACAGACGGAGGUGUAACCCGGGUCUUCCCCAACUCGGCUGCUGAGUCGUGGGAUGAGGACCCUGAGCCCUUCAACUCCAACUACUACCGCCGCAGCCUUGACAACAAGGGCUAUAUGUUCAGAGCUCCACCCAGAGCCUCCAUGGAUGAUCCGGUGACCUCGGAGAAUGGCACCAUCGGAAUCCUGGUCAGCACUGCCGUGGAAGUCAACCUGGGAGGCAAGAACCUGAAACCGGCAGUUGUGGGGGUGAAGCUAGACUUGGAAGCAUGGGUAGACAAGUUCAAGAUCUUGGCCAGCAACGUGUCUGACAGUCGUCAGGGCUCGCAAAAGUGUGGGCCGUCCAGAAGUUGUGAGAUGGACUGCGAAGUCAACACUGACGACUUACUCUGCUAUCUGAUUGACGAUGGGGGCUUCCUGGUGAUGUCCAACCAGAGGGAUCACUGGAAAAAGGUGGGCCUUUUCUUUGGUGAUGUGGACCCCUAUCUUAUGCACGCGCUGUAUAACAACUCCAUCUAUGCCCGCCGGCAGUCCUUUCAGUACCAGUCAGCAUGUGAGCCAGUCAGCAGCAGCCACACAGGGGCAGCACCCAGGGGCAUCUUUGUGCCCUCCAUCGCAGACAUGCUCAGUCUGGCCUGGUGGACAUCGGCGGCAGCAUGGUCUGUAGUCCAGCAGCUGCUCUAUGGACUGGCCUACAACACUUGGCUCUACACAGGUGAUGUUCUGGCAGAUGGGUUUGACCAGAAGGAGAGCAGCUGUGUGACCAUCCAAAGCCAGUUCUACUUCACCAACACCACCAACUCAUACAAUGUGCUGCAGGACUGCGGGAACUGCUCCAGGUUAUUUCAUGCUAAGAGGAUAGAGAACACCAACCUGUUGUUUGUGGUGGCUGAGACACUGCCCUGUAGCUCCUGUGAGAUCGAGAGACUGACCCAGGUCAAAACAGAGUUCCAGGAGGAGGAUCCCUGUGAGGUGUUGAACUCUGCACGCUACCGGAGAGGCCCGACCGAAUGCUGGGACUACAACAUCUGGGAGAACACAUCGGAGUGUGGGAGAGGCCAUUCCCUACAAUCUUCAAUAGGAAUCCUUUUCUCUAUCCAGCUGAUCCUGACUCUUCUCUCUCUCUGA